AAAAUCCAAGCGUCCAAGCCUCCCAUGCAAAGCAGGGAAUAAACAGUUAUGUACAUCGAGAUUAGAUAAAUAUAAGUACAAGUAACGCGAAUCACAAGUUGAGAGAAGAAGCCCUUGUUUUAUCUUCUCGACUUGUACUUCUAUUCACAACCUUUUAUUUAAAUCUCUCUAUCUUUAUUCUUUAGCUUUAGAGAUUCACAUUUUUCGCAUUUUUUAGCUUUUGUUUUGCCGCUUUAAUGGCGAGUUUGGUCUUAUCAGAAUGUGGCGUAAGACCACUGCCAAGAAUCUUUGCAAAGCCCAGAACUGGGUUCUCCAAGUUUGGAUCAUUUCAAGUUUCUAAAACUCACAGUUUUGCUUCUUCAUUAAACUUGUUAAAUGGGUUUAAUGACAGAAAGUGGUCGUUGAAUGUGAGUGUUCCAUUGAGGGGACAUGAGAUUUUGAGUGAAGAGAAAAUCAAUGGAUUUAGAGAUGCAGAAGAAGAAGAAGAAGAAGGUGGUAAUGAGUUUGACCCUGGUGCGCCUCCUCCUUUUAAAUUAUCCGAUGUUAGAGCAGCUAUUCCUAAGCAUUGUUGGGUUAAAAAUCCAUGGAGAUCAAUGAGCUAUGUUGUGAGGGAUGUUGCUGUGGUUUUUGGCUUGGCUGCCGUUGCUGCUUACUUCAAUAAUUGGGUUGUUUGGCCUCUUUAUUGGAUGGCCCAGGGAACAAUGUUCUGGGCUCUCUUUGUUCUUGGCCAUGAUUGUGGUCAUGGUAGCUUCUCAAAUAACCCAAAACUGAACAGUGUUGUGGGUCAUCUCCUCCAUUCUUCAAUUCUCGUUCCUUAUCAUGGAUGGAGAAUUAGUCAUAGAACUCAUCACCAAAACCAUGGACAUGUUGAAAACGAUGAAUCAUGGCAUCCAUUGUCCGAGAAAAUUUACAAGAGUUUGGAUGAUGCAACAAGAAUGUUGAGGUUCACCUUGCCUUUUCCUAUGCUUGCUUUCCCUAUCUAUCUGUGGGCUAGAACUCCUGGAAAGAAAGGGUCUCAUUUUCACCCAGAAAGUGAUUUGUUUGUGCCAAGUGAACGGAGAGAUAUCAUCACUUCCACUGCUUGUUGGACAGCAAUGGCUGCACUGCUUGUUGGUUUAUCCUUCACCAUGGGUCCUCUCCAGAUGCUCAAGCUCUAUUUCAUUCCAUACUGGAUAUUCGUCAUGUGGUUGGAUUUAGUAACUUAUCUGCAUCACCAUGGCCACGACGACAAGCUUCCUUGGUACCGUGGAAAUGAAUGGAGUUAUCUGAGAGGAGGGCUUACAACAGUUGAUCAAGAUUAUGGCUGGAUUAAUAACAUUCACCACGAUAUAGGGACCCAUGUGAUUCAUCAUCUCUUCCCUCAAAUCCCACACUACCACUUGAUAGAAGCAACUGAAGCAGCUAAACCUGUGCUUGGGAAGUACUACAGAGAGCCAAAGAAAUCUGGACCCCUGCCGUUUCACUUGUUGGGAAGCCUCAUAAGAAGCUUAAAACGGGAUCACUAUGUUAGUGACACUGGGGAUGUUGUCUAUUAUCAAAAGAACCCUAAAUUACAUGGACCAAAGACACAAGAAUGAAAUCCUAUCUGAAUUAUUUCAAUUUAACUUCUGACGAUUAUCUCACUCUGUAUCACCACAGAUAGAUAGCCAUUCUGCCCCAAAUAUGUUUUCUUCCUGAUGUAUUAGAAAACAGCUCCAUUGAAUGGUUGUAUCAUAUUACGUUGUCACGUGGGCAAAAAGGUUUUUGCCUUGUGAUGUUAGUGAAAGAAAAAUCUGCCAUUUGAGA